AAAUAAAAAAUAAUAAACAAAUAUGUUCGUCGUCGUCUUCAUCAACCUUUCGUGCUCUGACCUGUUCCUCCAAUUCUCUCAUUCUUGAAAAAUCUCUCUCUGGAGCUGGAGGGUCAACCCACCCCCCUCCUUCUUCCAAACCUAAACCUCUUUCUUUUCAUGCUAACUGCUCUUCAACCACCACCACCACCGUCACCGUCUCCGCCGCCAUGUCUCAUCUCCGCCUCUUUCUCCUCCUCCUCCUCCUCCUCUCUCUUCUCUCUUCCUCCAUCUCUCAGCCUUCUCCUCCUUCAGCGAUUCUGAUCGAUUGUGGCGCCUCCGAGUCAUCCGUAAUCGACGGCCGAAAAUGGCAAUCCGACGAAGCUUUCGUCACCAGCGGAAUACCAAAGACCGUCCCCGACAAAGCCCUCGACCAAAUUUUAUUCACCGUCAGAUCCUUCCCUCUUGAAACUCGCCGCAAGUUUUGUUACGUGGUGAGCGUUUCUCGUGGCUGGAAGUAUAUGAUCAGGACGACUUAUUUCUACGGUGGGGUUAACGGAAAAGGUACUUUGCCGCCGGUGUUUGAUCAGAUUGUUGACGGCACGUUCUGGGGUGUCGUUAAUACCACAGCUGAUUACGCCGAUGGUCUCGCUUCUUAUUACGAAGGGGUUUUUAUGGCUCAGGGGAAAUCUAUGAGCGUCUGCGUUGCUUCCAAUUCUUAUACCACUUCUGAUCCGUUCAUCUCAGCUUUGGAGCUUGUCAGGCUUGAUGGGACUCUUUACAAUUCCACUGACUUUUCCACUGUUGGGAUGAGUCUUGUUGCUAGGCAUGCUUUUGGAUACAGCGGACCUAUCAUCAGGUUUCCAGAUGAUGAGUUUGAUAGGUUUUGGGAGCCUUAUUCCCUGAAUUCGACUGUACCAAACAAUAGGAAACUCGAGGUUUCUGGUUUCUGGAACCUCCCGCCUUCAAGGAUAUUCAACACAGAUCUAAGAGCUACCCAAGUUCAGCCUUUGGAGUUCACUUGGCCUCCAAUGCCCUUAACAAAGGCUACUUAUUAUAUUGCGUUAUACUUUGCUCAUGACUCUGACUCGUUGGGAGAUGGAUCAAGAGUCUUUGAUGUUUCUGUCAAUGGUAUAACAUAUUAUAAAGAGCUGUCUGUCACUCCAGCUGGUGCGGUUAUCUUUGCAAGCAGGUGGCCUCUUGAAGGUCUCACAACGUUAACUUUAAGUCCCAGAAGUGGUUCAAACCUUGCCCCUCUUAUUAAUGGUGGUGAAAUGUUUGAGUUGGUACCUCUUAGAGGCAAAACUCUUGUUCGAGAUGUAACUGCUCUAAAUGCAAUUAAAAGGAGUUUCAAGAACGCACCAGCUGAUUGGAAUGGGGAUCCUUGUUUGCCUAAAAAUUACACGUGGUCUGGUGUUACCUGCUCUGAAGGCCCUCGAAUUCGUAUAGUCACCUUGAACUUAACUAAUAUGGGAAUUUCAGGUUCCCUAGCACCUGCAGUUACCAAAUUAACAGCAUUGUCCUCUAUUUGGAUAGGAAAGAAUUCUCUCUCGGGAAGUUUACCUGACUUCAGUUCACUCAAACGGCUGGAAUCACUGCAUUUGGAAGACAAUCGUUUCAGUGGAAAUAUUCCUCCAUCUCUUGGUGGAGUGCCGCACUUGCGAGAGCUGUUCUUGCAAAACAACAACCUAACUGGCCAAAUUCCAAGCAAUCUUCUUCAGAAGCCUGGGCUAAACCUAAGGACUUCUGGUAACCCCUUUUUGACUCAACAGCCACGUUGAUUCGGCCUUUAAAGAUGAAGACGACAAUGAUUUGAGUUUGCGUUAUACAUUUUGUAGAGCUUGUGUGUAAAUUAGAAGCCUCACUCACGUGUACAAUCUACUUAACAUAUAUGUAUCAUUCUUUGAACACUUUGGGAGGGGGGAUAAGAGAACAUUGAUUUGCAUGGGUUGUAAUAUCAUUCUAUUGUGUAAUGAAACAUACGUUGUAUUAUGAAUAUUGUGAUAAAUUAAUGGAGUUUUAUGUGUUUUUCU